UAUCAAACAUAUUUUACUCGGCCCUAAAUCCAGGAUUGAUUUACAGUACUGGUGAUAGUAGAUAACUCUAUCUUACUUGUGACCAGUAUUAAUAGGAUCAACUAAAUCUUUUGGCGACACUAUUGGAUGAACAAUGCGUUUUAGUUCAAAUGUCAAGCCAUAUGUUCUGCUUCUCAUUGUUGGAACGUUCUUGCUUCUGGGGUAUGUCUACUCCAACUUCUUCUCUGAAAGGCUCAACAGAGAUAUCCCAAUUGAUGAGGACCAGAAGAGCACCAGCCUGAGUCGGAACAUGGUCUCUCCUGAAAAGCUAUUGUACAAGCAGCCCAGUGUCUUGGUGGGACGUACUGAUGUGGUGUCAGUGACCCCAUGGUUGGCACCCAUCGUCUGGGAAGGCACCUUUGACCCUGUGCUUGUCGACAAUAUCUACAAGCCCAUGAACCUCACAAUAGCAACCACAGUGUUUGCCAUUGGAAAAUACGUCAGGUUUCUCCAAGAUUUUCUGGACACAGCAGAGAAGCACUUUAUGGUCGGCUUCAACAUGCGCUACUAUGUUUUCACUGAUCGUCCCCACGAUGUUCCUUCAGUGAACCUGACUAGGGGUAGACAUUUGAGUGUGAUCCUGGUCCCAGGUUCAAACCGCUGGCAGGAGAUAUCAGCCCGGAGGAUGGAGAUCAUCCUGACCACCAUCGAACGUCAGAUCAGAAGGGAGGCCGACUACAUCUUCUGUCUGGACGUAGACAGCAAGUUCCACGCUCGCUGGGGGUCCGAGUCUCUUGGAAGGCUGGUUGCUGUGAUACACCCAGGCUACUACGAGCAGACGCGUGACCGCUUCCCGUACGAACGGCGUCCAGCCUCGACGGCCUACAUCCCCACGGAUGAGGGAGACUACUACUAUGGCGGGGCUAUGAUCGGAGGGUUCGUGGAGGAUGUGUACACACUAACAAAGGUAUGUUGGUCCCGGUUUGAGGAGGAUGUGGGGAAUUCCAUCGAGGCUGCCUGGCAGGAGGAGAGCCACCUCAACAGGUACCUGCUCUACAACAAGCCCAGCAAGGUGUUGUCUCCAGAGUACCUGUGGCAGGACUUCAAGGCCAAAACCAAAGAGGUCAAAGUAAUUCGCUUCUCAGGGGUCAUUAAAAACUAUGCUGAAGUUCGUUCCAAUGUAUAAAACGAGGAAGUGGCUAUUCAACCGGCAAAAGAAAAACUAAAUUUAGUCGUAGCGGUAAAAUAAAUUGAGGUAAGGUUUAGGAACAAGGGUUAAGUUUCGAUAUAGUUUGACUGGGGUUAAGGUUAGGGAAAGGCAUAAUAAUAAUAAUAAUUUGGGGGGUGUCGAAUCAGAAUUAGUUAGGUACCAUUGAUAAAUAAGAUGUUUUAUUUAUUUUCAUAAAUAUGCUUAUGUGGGAAAGUCACUUGGGGCCCAGAGAGGGGAGAGGUUAGGAUUGUCUUCAUAUGUGAGGGUAUCUGUUAAACCAUGUGAAGGGCUCCACAAUGUCUGUACUCCAGUCACUCCCUACUUUUCCCAUUGGGGGGAGGAGUAUGGCAGUGUCUGGAACCAUUGUCUGUCCCCUCUGAUGUUGCCCUUAUCUUGACCUAGAGGCUCACUCCUCUCCGUGAGCUUGUCCAGGAGGGGUUGGAUUUGAGAUGGGGUAAUAUCUAGAAUUGACAAUUGAUAUAUGCCAUUGGAUGAGGUAAUGUUUUAGUAAUAGGAAGUACCAAGAACGAGAAGUAGAACCUCUUCUAAGAGAGAACUGAACAAUAAUGUAUAGCUAAUGCUGUCUGGCUAUGGGAUACUCCUCUCUCAAGUAAGUCUUCCUUUGUGCAGUUUUUCUAAGUCCUGUGGUUCGUCAUUGUGAGUUGGGAGGGGUGGAUCUUUGCUAUAAAAGAUCUCAGUUGCCAUUAUGUUGAAACUCUCUCUCACUCUGAAUUGAUCUGAGAGUCAAAGGGCUAUGGUGAAGUUCAUAUUAUUAAAAUAUUAAGUUAAAGUAUAACUCUGACUUGUGUGUGUGGUUUGUAAACUCUCAUUUCACUUAGUAAUACAGGAAAUUACCACGACAGAGAUGCUUAUAUUGGUCACCUGUGGGUGUUUCUUGUACAAAUGUGUAAUGGAAAUGUGUUUCUUGCAUAUCACAACUCCUGAGAGUGGGGUCACGGGCCAGGUUCACCAUUGUUAAUAUUUGAGUGAUAAGAACAUGUUUUUUCCUUUUCUAUCUAUUUUGCAUGUUGAUUACUGUGAGGGAACGAAUAAAUAAAUAUGUAA